AUGGGGAAAUUUAGUCAAAGUGGAUAUGACAAUUUGUUAACGAACAAAAUCAAAGCCCUUUUUGAUGUUGCUAUUGGCCACAUCGAAGAAGGACAGGGCAGUAGUAGCAGUCAACCCAUACCUGACAAGAGGUUUAGGACAUUUAUAGAAAAGUUAGAUACGACUGUACCAUCUGUACAAAAUGCUUUUCUCGAAUUCAUCAGGUCUUCCUUCUCUCAAAUCCAACUCGAUCAUAUUCGACAAUCUCAUUAUCACGCCAUGAGAGUCUCAUCGAUGGAGAUAUCAGCAAUGGAUUGGAUCCGUUCACCUGAUCGUCCUCAUACUAGGCCCUUGCAAGAAGAUACCCCACACGUGCUCAACCCCAUUGCACAGGAGUCAUUCGAGUCAUUUAUGUCUGCACACCCUCCUCCCGGUAUGAAUAACGAAGUUCCCCGCAUCUUAAGCAGAACAACUUCCAGACGUAGUCUACGACCAAGUGCUACUCCUCCUGCUGCUCCUUUCGUCGACCACUAUACCCCUUUUCGUCAAACUCCAUAUAUGAUGGACGGGCCAUCGACCAUCGAUUCCUCUUCUUCUACUCCACCUCUUUCUUUGAGUAGAGUCAGAAGAGAUAUCGAGUCUUCAGAUUGGCCCGGUAUCGCACGAUCCGAAUCACGAUCAAACGAAAUUGAACGUCCUAUAAAUGCAGGUAGUAAUGCAUGGCUUGACGAAAUGACAUCAAUGGCUCCAAGCGGUCGUGCUCGAGUCUCACGUAGGAGAUCCAUCCUCCCGCCAACCCAUUAUGCGGACGAAGACACUCCACGAUGGUCUCUCAGUGCUUCUGACGACGCUGAUGGAUUCGACACACUUCUUGAUCGACCCAGUCCAGUUCAUGAUCACAUGUAUGAAGCAAGACGAGAACGAAGAAGGUUGGACGUAAUGGACUCCGAUGACGAGGAGGACCCUGCCCAGAGCACGCGAAGAGUCAGAAGAAGGACAGCCGGUGCUACCUUGUUUCAACCAGAUACAAGUCGAGAUGAGCCAUCAGUACGGGAAGUCCUAGAAAGAUUAGGCCUACCUGCAGUUGAUCAUGAUGAUAGUCGUGAAGAUGUAGAUCAUACAUGGGGACCCUAUAAUCACAGUGUAUCUCCAAGAAGAUCCCAAUAUGACCAUCCAGAAAACCAUGUCGAUGUUGAUAACGAGGUCGAAAACUCCAUCAAUGCCGUCCACGAGUUUCUCGAUCCCGGCAACAUUCCUCCAAACGAAAACAAUCCUCAAGAUCAAGGUCAAGACAGUAUAGUCCAGAAUGAUGGAGACGGUGAAUCGAUCUAUGAACAUAGGUCAGCGACGGAAUUUCAUACCUCACAGAGUCCAAGUCCUGCACUCGGGGACGACCUUUCCUAA